AUGAGCUCUAGACCAAAGUCUCGACUUUGGAAGGAUUUGAAGAGGCUGAAUAAACUGAUCUGGGUUACCUUCUUCUUUGGAAUUUUGAUUUGGACUUUGAAACCAAACCGACGCCAAUAUGACCCGAUGAUCGACCUUCAUUCUCUCGAACACUCUUCUGGUCUAGAAAUCACCGGAUUUGAAUACUGUAAUCAAUUGAAUGGCUCCAGAUUCUUGAACGUGGCCAGCCCGUUUGGGACUAUAGGAAAGUCAUCAUUUCCUAAACGAUUUGACGCAGAGGCUCGUAAAUUAGAAGGUCUCUUGCAAACGGGUCGGUUUGAAUCUGAGAGCUUGCGAAAGCUCUCUUGCUAUUUGUUGGCAACAGGUCGUGCACAUAGCAACUCUGUCAACUUAAUUCAGGCUUUUGAGCCCAGCACAUACUUUCCGAUGGUAUCCUAUAAACCCUCAAAGCUACAACGAGCCAAGCAUCGAAUGGCGUUUGUUAUACUGGCGCACAAUAUAAACCAGCUGAAUAAUUUGAAAAUCAUUAUAAAGGAACUCGUUUCUGACCAGCCACACUCCAUUGUAAUGAUUCACGUGGACAGCCGUGAAGCUGAACUUGGACGGCGCCUUGAAUCUUGGGCCGAGCAGUAUUUCUUACAAUCGUCCCGAGUAAUAGUUAAUAGUAGACAGAUUCGGUCAACGUGGGGUAGUGCGCAACUAGUAUUUGCAACUUUAGAUUGCUUUUUCAAACUCUUGGAUGUUUCUGAAUUCGAUUAUAUCAUAAAUCUGUCUGCGAAUGACUAUCCACUUUUAAGACCUGAUGCCAUGUAUGCUAAUUUGAAAGCUGAUGAAAGGAACGGUCAUCGGCAGUCUUGGAUUGGUGCCAGAAAAGCUGAAGAAUUCGCAGACAGAUGGUCCAAACCGUUUGUCUUCACCUCAAAGGAUCAAAUAGAACCUAUUCAAUGGCAUCAUGCUGGAAAGGCAUUUCAUCAUACCUUAGCUUUCGAUAUAUUCAAGCACCCUCAAUGGGUUGUGCUAUCCCGAGAUCAUGUUGAAGCCUUUCGAACCGAUCAACGAUUGAUAGCUUGGCUUGCUUUUUGUGAUUACAUCUUUAUACCCGAUGAGAUCUAUUUUGGAACUGGGUUGAUGUCGAUCCAAGAGUAUGGAAACAAUACGAUUCCGAUCUCUAGAACUUUUGCGAAGUUUGAUCCUGGCAAUUAUCACCCAGUAUUUGUAGAUUAUCAACGAAGGCACAGUCUGCUGGUGGCAGAUCCGCCAGAUUUGAAUAAUAGUCUGGUGCCGUACCUGAUGGCACGAAAGAUUUAUAUAAGCAAGGAAGCCAAGCUACGAAAAUGGAUUGAUUAUAAGCUACGAGAUAACGAUUCUUCAGCUCCGUGUGAUGAGGAUGAUGUCUCUUUCAAAGAAACGUGCGUCGUUAAAGCACUGCAUAAUCUAUCUCAACAAGGGACUCCCAUCUUAGUACCUAUAAACAUAGCUUCAAGACCCUUAGCAAUGAAUCUCCAUUGCUCUCUCAGAAAGCUUGAUGGCACGAAUGUUUUGUUUUGGGCACUUGACGAGGUGACACACAACAGACUCCUCGAACAAGAUCUAAUGUCGUACCAUAAUCAAGCACGGUUUCGUCGAUUCCCAUAUGAAGUAACUUGGGCAGAUUAUGAGUUUGCCCAAUUUACAAGUGGGAAACCCUCGUUUUUAAAGUUGGCGCUGAAGCACGCAAGUCGUGGUAUUUGGAGUAUUGAUGCUGAUGUUGUCGUUUUGAAAGACUUGGAUCUCCUUAUCGAAGGAGAUGCUGAUCUGUAUGUCAUGAUGGAUAUGACGUCAAACCAGAGACAAUCACGUUUACCUCUGGUUUCGACGGGUGUAAUAUUUCUUCGAAACACGCCGGGAGCGUUUAGUAUUUUAGAGAAGAUGAUUGAGUACUCUCCAACGCUUCACGAUGAUGCAGUAGCACUCAACAAGGUUAUGGGAGACUCUUCGCUAGUGUCUGUGCAAGGACAUGAUGGCAAAUGGCUAUCAACACCAAAACGCCAGGGUUCAAGAAAGGCAGUAGUUCGACUAUUAUCUUCGUCGGCAAUAGUGAAUGGUCAUACAUUCAAUGCCACAAGCUUUGACAAAGGCUCGGUGACUGCGGUGCAUCUAAACGGAGUGCUUGACUACAAGGAUAAGAUACCGCCACGAAAACCAUAUAAUUCUAUAGGUAACUUUAAGAUCGUGAUGGAAGGCAAGAAGGAAGAGCGUGAAGAAUCUCCAAAACCUGCUCCCGGUCUACGGCAAAUAAUGAAGAAGAGUGUUUCUGGAAUCAGGUUCACGGCGCUUCUCGAGAACGCAACGCCAGACACUCAGGAUGCAGCACCGAUAGAGUCUCCUGAGCGACAUUUACACUGGGAAACGCCUGAUGCUCCCGUACAGGCUCGCUCCUCCAUGCCGAGACAAGAAGGCAAAAAAGAAAAGGUCACGGAUGUUCCGCAAGAUGCUAGUACAAAGGAACCGCUCAACGUCAAGGAAUCCACUCUGAAAGAGCCACAAAACAAAUUAAUCAUGAAGAGUGCCACAAUCAGUGAAUAUACAUCACGGAGUCCAAGUGUGAUGGAAUAUGAGAACAACGAAAGUAUGGAACACCGUCGUCGAGAAUCUGAAGCAUGGUUUACUCCCGCGCCACUUGCAACCACGCCAGCGCAUCCCAGCCAUACGUCAACUUCAAAUUCCAUGACCUAUGAAGUUGGGGGAGCACGAGAGAUUUCGGAAACGCUCUUAAUGAAAGUGGUCGAGAUGAAAUGGGGAUUCGCAGCAUUGGUUGUCAAUGUUAUUCUCAUCAUCUUUGUGAAGGAACUUGAGGCGUCCGUAUGGAUGCCAAUGAGUGUCUCGACGCUUACCGCUCUAGCUGCCGUGAUAUGGGAAGUGGUUUUGCUUUUCGCUAAUGUUUUGACACUGCUAGCCCUCAACGAUGCAGCAGCCGCUUAUUUCGGUUUCAGACUAUGCAGUAAAGGGGGGAUUUCUUUUGUGGUGACGGGAUUCCUUCAAGUCUCAACCUACAAAAAAUUCAAUUUUGCAUCAAACCUCUCGCUAAACUCGACUUGCAGAAGCCUGUUGGCGAAGAUUUCUCUGAUAUGGAUUUCAAUCGAAGCACUGAAGCUACUGACUCCAAUAAGUGCCACUGCACUUCGAACCAAGACCAAUCGUAUCGAGAGCGGGAGUGUGCACUGCAUCGUUUAUGAAGAAGUUGGAGCUCCUGCACUUGGUGUUGUGCGUUCAGAAGUGACAGCCGACUACACGACCGCUGUGAUGUCACCUCAAAUAAUUGGAGCGGUCAAUGAUGGCGAUGGUAUUGUAUCAUCUGGUUUCAGCACCGAUGUAUUCACAAACUGCUCGUGUACUCCGUUCGCAAAUUCCACUGGAUUCGAAGUAGUGGGAGUUCCUUUAUCUGCUUCAUCUUCACUUCUUAGUCGUUGGAGCGCUGUCACUUCUCCAAUUGGAUUUGGCAAUGUCAUUUUACACAAUUCGUCGGUCGUUACCAUCUACUCUGCUUUCAGUGGCCUUCCUAUAUGUGGAGGCAACAGUACAGCUUUUGUUCCUGUGUGUCGAACCACAUUUUCAAACCACUCACAGGCUAAAGUUUAUACUGACUACAUGACGGACGGUACAACCGCCUCCAUUGCUCAGAAGACGGUGGAGCUGCAGAAUAUCACAGGCCCAGCAAUUACUGAUCCUUGGCUCGUGUCAGCUUUGACGACCAUUCUGAAUGGACCGGCAAACACCAUAAAUCUUACACCAACCAUUCCAUCAGUUUUGUCCCCCUUACUAUGGUGGACUUCAGGGGACCUCAUAAGCGUUGACCCCAGUAUGAUUGAGGCCGGCUUAGAGACUACCUUCACAAUUCUGCUAAGAGCAGGAAUGCAACGUACCUAUGCAACUUCGGGGCAAUCAUGCAUUGUGCAAGUCAAUGAUCCUCAAUCUAGUGUCUUAUCCAUGGAGCCCUACGGUGUCUAUGUGACCAUGGUCUUUCUCAGCGUUCAGUUACUAUUCUCCAUACUUUCCCUUUGCUGCUUCUGUCAUUGGAUUUGGUCAGAAGUUCCUAUUUUCCCUGGAAUAAGAGCCAUGAGAGAGCCAAUUUGGUUGUAA